GUUAUUAGGUCAUUAUUGUCAUAAAUCAUUUUGUCAAUGAUACCACUGUUGGUGUUAUUUAAGGUGUUCUUAUAUAAUCAUUGCAAUUUUUUUGAAUCAGAAUAUUGAAUAAUAUAUUUAAUGCUGAAAUUUUCUUUGGAUGCUGGUAACUUAGUUCUGUUGGUGUUGGUGUCUCUUGGAAGAAUGAAUAAUCACCAGAGCAGUCGAAAGCUGUUUGUAGUGUCUUAUAAGCUAAAGAACCCUCUUCACAAAGACAGAGCUCAAAAAAAAGUUAAGAACAAAAAUCGUCCCUAUUUCACUUGUAUCAGGUUCACAACAGUUAAUUGCAUAUUAAUUAUUUAUGGAAAAGGCUCACAAUAUUUUUAUCAAAUACCAGAUACAAGGGCUUCACUCAACCACAUUUAAAAAAAUGUGGGGCGGCACACGGCUCCAUACAUGCCCUGUGCGGUGAGUGCCAACCAGACAUUAAGUUGGAAACUGGACCAUAGUCCACAGCAAAAUAACUGGCGUACCAGUAAAAGAGGACUUGGCCCCUUAAUAGUGCGUAAAUACAAACAUCAACCGAAGUCGCUCGUGUCCAUGCAUGUAAACGCCAUAGAAUAUGAUCAAAUGCAGCUACAGUGAAUGUAUGUCACACAGAUUAGGCAACAAAAGGCACACUGGCCAUAAAAAGCCCUCCAUGAGUGCCACCACCUGCCAGACUGCCGUUUCUGCAGACAUGAUGUAAGUGUGAGACAUCAGCACCCUAAUUAGCCGCAGAGCAUGUCAUGAGUCUACAGGUCACCUCAAGGGAAUGAGGUCCCAUUUUGCACGGCUUUCAGUCGCAGCCUUGAGACUUUCCUCAGAUUCUACCUCAUGCUACCACCCGUUUGAGGUCGACACAUAUGCUCCACCAACCAAUUCAAUGGCAGAUAUAGCCAAUAGGCAGUUAUACGAAAAUACUAAUAAUUCGCCAUCAGAAAGGGUGUGUGUCACUGACGUUGAGUAUAUGCAUUUUUCGAUCAUGUUUGCCUUACCCACCAAUAAGUUGCCCUCAAUCAUUCAAAGGUGGGAACUUUACAGAGAUAUAUUAUUAUGUUGUUACAUAAAACAUCAUAGAGGUCAUACAGUCCUGUAAUGAAGGGACCCGAUUUGGGCAAAGCUACUUAGGUUGUGAGUCAAACGCAGACAGACGCAAGAGAGUGCCAUUGAGAAUAGCGACCUGCCAAACAACCAUCGCAGAGACACAAUGCUGCAAAACGCAACAAGCAUCAAUACGACUAUCGUCGGGCUUACACCAUCCCAAGGUCCCCCAUAUAAUCGCAGCAGACAUCACCACCCGCAUAUAUCCAUCGACCAGAACUAGAAGAGGCGACGCAUCAGGCGCAACACGGGUGUGCUCAGAUCCAUCACGACACAAUACUGUAAAUAGCAGUAAGCAUCAAUGCAACUAUCAUAUGGAUGGCGCCCCCUCACAACACACCCACAUGAUCCCUAUCGACUUUGGUAACAAAAUUGAUAAUGUUGUUAACAAAAAAUACCACCAAAGUAUCAUAGUAGCACGCUACUAAGACAUCAGUAGCCAAAACUCCAUGUAUCAUAACACUAUUGCACUAAGAUAUGGAGUUGAGUAUGCUUGCUGCAUUUAAAAGUCAAAACACACUCACCCUAAUCCGAAAGAUAGUCGACGUAUUAUAACGCUAUGCGCUAAGACGCCACCCACAAAUGGUAGGGGCGUGCGAUGUCCACGGGCAAGUCAUAUUGCUACAACAAACCCACUUACCACCGGCACUAAGAUUGUUAUGUCUAGGACACAUGGGUUAGCGAGUUCAAGUUUACCAAGGUCUCUGACGCUGUGAAGCAAUCUACACGCCACCAUAAUAAUCCUUUUCAAGUGCCAUUUUUUCCAAUAUAUGUCCCGUUACCAUCAAUAUCAAGCAAAAUCCUAAUAUUUAUGCUUUUACAUAUUUGAGACCUACCAUAUAUUUGCUUUAUUUCAUAGACCAUACUAUUAUAUUUCUUAUACAUAUGGGACUUCAAGUCACAACUUUGCUAUCAUAAUGCUUAUGCAUCAUAGAUAUGUCCUAUAUUAAUGCUUUUGUAUCAUAGACCUUACUAUCAUAAGUCCCUAAUAUAGGACUAUAUAUUGUGCAACAGUAAUAGUAGCAGUCAGUCAGCCGACCACCCCAUAUAUAUGUACACCUAUGGGUGGGUAUGUGUCUCCAGCUACACCCUUGAUAUAAGCAAUCAUUAUAUGAACACACUCCAGUAAUACUAGAACGCCUUCAUUAAAACUUGGAAAAUUUUUGAGUAAUACAAAAACACCCUCAGUAACUUAAAAAAAAAUUUGACCCAUUUUUUUCAAUUAUAUUACAAAUGUUAUUUAUCUUUAUUAUUGCAAUAUAAUCAACUUGUACUUGUAUUAUUUAAUUCUUUUUGAAUAUUUUAAGCAGUUUUGAUAAAUUUAGAGAUUUUUUAAACACAAUAUUAUGCGUUUACUAUACUAUAAUACUCAAUAUUCAAAAUGAAUAUAUUUUAACUUUAUCCUUAUUAAUGCAUUUUAAUUGGUUAAAAUAUAAUUUCUAUGAUAUUUUUAAAUGGCUUUAUAUUGAAUUUAAUUAUUUAUUUAUUAAUAAUAAUUAUGAGCUGUCACAAUAUGUAAGGUCCAAUUUGGCCUGGUAUCUAGAUAUGUGCUCUGACCAUUUUCAUUUGAGUUUUAGAGUGUGACAAAGUGCAUCUGAGAGUUUUGUGUUAGUUUACACACGAGCACAUAUACACACACAUUUUACACAUUACACUCAUCACACAAAUACUUCUUACAGUCAUACAUUACACAUCUUACGAGAGAGGAAAAACAUUAUUAGUUACAGUAACAACCUUAUUAUCUAAAUUAUUCUUUGCUUGCAUCCUAAUAUUUAUGUAAAUUAACGGUGCAUAAGAUGCUGACAGCUGAUGCACAGGUCUCCUAGUGCGGCUGCAGAUGUUUCAAAUAUAAAUUAUAUUAUGUUACAUUUUUACCUCUCUGCUUCAUAAGUCUCAAAAGUCAUUAUUCAGCAUGUGAAACUGUUAUUGGCUAAUAAUUUAUUUUAAUUAUAUUUAUUAAAAAGAAAUGCUGUCGAAUUUCUUAAUAAAAAUAAAGCUUGUGUUGUUUUUUGAUGAUGUGUUAAUUUUGUAAAUAAACAAUUGAACUUAUAAAAAUACAAUUUCUACCUUCAAUUGCAUUUUAUACAUUAUACUGAUUGAUGUAUGUGAAGUUGUGUGCAAUUUACUAUUUACACAGUAUAUUGAUUCCACAUCCUACAGGAAAUUUUCAUAAUUUUGCUUGUUAUUUUACUUCAAUAAUUUCAUAAUAUUAGGCAAACUUUUUAUUUUCUUUUUCAUAAACAUGUAUUUAAUACCUAUGUAAGAUAAAUAUUUACAAUAUUUGUUAUAAUAAUAAAUAAGCUCAUUACUAAAAUUAUCAUACACCUACUUCCCGUGGUAUAGUUCCAAGAAUGCUGGCUGUGUUUCUUUGCGGAAUGGCUAUAGUCAGCCUUUUAAAGAUAUAAAACCAUCCCUCUUAUCACCAGCGGCGACGUAAAGUUACGGAUACGGCUACUUUAGAGAACUUUACGGCACAUGGACCCCACAUACCGAUAGUUUAUAUAACAAAUAGGAUUGAUUGAUUGAUUCUCAAAGUAUAUCAAUUGUAAUUUUUAUCUCGAGUUUCUAAUUUUAUUUUUAACUAGAUGAUACCCGCGACUUUGCGUUGCUUGAUAUAAUAACAAAGUUUUCGUAUGUGCGAAGGAAAAAACAUCCGAAAUAUCACAAGCAUAAAUAAACUUUUCUUACAAAAUUUCUUUGUAAAUAAUGUUAUUCGUUGCACAUAACGUUCAAUGAACAGGUAGUGCUUAUAAAAAUCAUUGUUUCGUAAUAUAAAGUUAUUAAAAUUUUAAAGGAAGAUAUCGCAAUGAUUUUUUUUUAAAAUAAGGGUCAAGUGUCUAAGAAAUAAAAUCUAAGCAGUAGUUUUUCCGUGAUGCGCGCACAAGUGCAAACCUCUAUUAUUUUAUUUAUAUAAGUAGAUGUUACAAUGUUCGUAAGUACAUAAAUUUAUUAUAUUUAUUUAAGUCAUCUGCCACUAAUUUCUCACCAUGCCAUGUGUUGACUGGCAGAGAAUGAUAACUGGCAUUAAGUCCGCCUUCUGUAAUCUUUAUGAUUAGUACAAUAAAUCUUUCAAAUAUAAAUUAAAUAAAUAAGUAAAUAAAUUAUAAUAAGUAUCAUUUCCGAACUUUUUCUUUCGACGCUUAUUGUAAAAAUGCAGGUAAAAUGUAUUUUUAGUGCAUAUUUUUAUGUAAAAUUGUCUCCUGUGAUAAAUUUUGCAUGUUUAUGUUCCUUAAUUUAGUUUAGUUUGAAUUAAGCAUAUUGUAAGAAGGUAAGCAGAUAGUUAUUAUAAGUUAUUCUUGAAUCUUGAUUGCAAUAUAUUACAUGUAUUAUGACUGAGUGUUUUUAUUGUAUAUUAUACAUGUAAUUCAUUAGAAUAUUAAAGUGAAUGAUGUAGUAUCAAAUGUAAGUAAUUUUUUUAUAGAAUCUGAUUUUGAUGUUAGCGUUGAGUUAAAUAAUUUUGAAUGCAAGAAAUAUGGGAAAAUAUAAAUUACUGAAAAUUUAAUAACAAUGUAUUUCAGUAACAUUAACUUACGUGGUUAUUGUGGUAAAUCAAAAGUGAUGUCAUAGCAAUAUUCUACUACUGACUUAUUGGACCAUUUUUAUUUAAGAGGCAAAAUUUAAUGCACUUCAUUCAUUUUAACUAAGUUAUUGUUGUACUUUAAAGUAGGUUAGACGAAGGCAAAGACAUAAAACUCUUUUUGGUACCUAUACAUAAAAAUUAUAUUCUCUACUAGAUGUCCCCCGCCACUUCACCCGCGUGGAAUUUAUUACGAUUGGAUUUCAUGGGAUUUAGUUUUUUUUGCGCGGAACCCUAAUUCCUUUUCUAAAAUAAAAGUUGCCUAAGUUACUCCUUAUAACAUUAGCUAUCUACCAGUGAAAGUCCUGUCAAAAUCGGUCCAGCCGUUUCGGAGAUUAGGCGGAACAAACAGACAAAAUUAUCAAAAAUAGUUUUUUGUUAUUAGUGCGGUAUAUAUGUACUUGCAUAUUAUGCAUUUUGUGAAAAGCUGUUAUUUAGACAUUAAAAACAGACACUUCAAUUUUAUUUAUGUGUAUAGAUUUAUACACACAUCAACAGAAUCUAGGGAUAUGUACAUAUGUUAUAGUUUAAAAAUUUUUUUGGUUUUCAUUAAAAGUUUAUAUAAGUACAUAUUGAAACCUCUUAUAUUCUAUUUUCGAAAUUU